GGCACGGCGGGCAGCGAGGUGACGGCCACCGAGGCCAUGUCCACCCUGGUCACCUACGUGGAGCCCGUCAAGUUCAAAUCCUUCCAGGCUGCCCAGAAGCGCAACAGGAGCUUCGAGAUGUCGUCGUUCGUGGAGACGAAGGGGCUGGAGCAGCUCACCAAGAGCCCCCUGGAGUUCGUCGAGUACAACAAGCGGCAGCUGAGCCGGGUUUACCCCAAGGGGACUCGCGUGGAUUCCUCCAACUUCCACCCGCAGCUCUUCUGGAACGCCGGGGUGCAGAUGGCAGCGCUCAACUUCCAGAGCCUCGACGUGCCCCUGCAGCUGAACCUGGCGCUGUUCGAGGCCAACGCGGGCUCGGGGUUCCUGCUGAAGCCGGAGCCGCUGCGGCGCCCGGACAAAUCCUUCGACCCCUUCGCCGAGGAGCGGCUGGACGGCAUCGUGGCCAACACCCUGCACGUGCAGGUUGUGCUCCCGGCUCUCGCCUCUCUCCGUGUGGCCGCCUAUGAGGAGGGCGGGCGGCUCCUGGGCCAGCGCGUGCUGCCCGUGGCCACCCUGAGAUCAGAUUACGCCGAGGCCCUGAGUAACCCCAUCCGCCACCAAACCCUGCUGGGGCAGCGCCAGCGGCGGCUGCGGGCACUGCUGGGGGACCCCGAGGUGUCCCCGGAGCCGCUGGAGGCGCUCAGGCAGCACCGGGGGUACCUGAAGCUGCUCAAGCGGCAGCGCCGGGACCUGGAGCGGCUCCGCAAGAAACACCUGAGGCGGCUCCUGGCGCUGCACCGGCGCAGCGCGGGCCCGGAGGGGGCGGGGCCGCUGCUGCAGCUGCGGGAGGAGCAAAAACAGCGAGAGCUGGGGAGGAGACGGGAACAGCUCCGGGAGGCCCAGCAGCGGCUCCAGGAGGUGGCGAUGGAGGCUCAGCAGGCCCAGCUCAAACGGCUGCGCCAAACCAGUGAGAG